AUGGUUCCUGAUGGAACAAUUGUUUCUAUCAAAGAUGUCGACCAACAUAUGUAUGUUGCAGUUGAUAGGGCAGAAAGUGGCUACAAUUUAGUUGGUGCGAUCCACUAUUCGCUUGUGGGAGAGAGGGCUUUGUUCAGGGUGAAGUAUCACCAUAUUAGAGGAUGGAAGUCACAAGUUCAGUAUUUAUCCUUCAUCUCAUUAUAUGCCAAAGAUGAAUCAGGAGAACCAUUGCGGUUGAAUUGCUGUCGACAAUCUGAUUUUGUUGACAUUUCCAGUUCUAGUGAUAGUGCCUGGGCACUUUGGAGAGCGCUUCCGUACAAAUAUGACAUCUAUGAUGGUGAUGUUGACUUAGAGACAUAUCUUCCACAAACUAAAAAUAUAUUUUAUCUUGUGAACAAGAAGAAUGAUUGUGCUUUAGCUUUUGUUAAUGGGGUCCUGGAAGUUGUCAGCAAUCCUGGACACCCGUUUAAGUUUAAAGUAUUUCAUGAUCCUUCUCCAUAUGUGAGCAAUGCUUUUUUGGAUGGCAUUCUAGAGAAGGAAUCUGGAAAAAUCAUGCUACUUGAUUCAUGUAUAAGUGAGGGAAAAGGUCUGAGUCCGCAAGGAAGUUCAUUUGGUGUAACUGUGUCAGUGGACAAGGUUUCUUUGACCAUCGUUCAUGAACUUUCGGACUCCAAGGAAAAGUAUCCCCUCCUACAGGGUUCUAUUAGUACUACUCAAGUUGUUAUACAGAUAUCAAACGCUAAAGUUCGGGUUAUGAGCAGGCUGGAGAUUUUGCUGUAUUACUUUGACUCCCAGAAAAAUAUGUGGAGAGAACUCAUGCAUCCAUUAGAAAUUGAUGUUUUCUACCGUUAUAGAUUUCAGACCCAGGGAUCAGAAAAUAUUAUCCACUGGGUGCCUGGCCAUUUCUAUGCUAGAUUGAGAGAGUUGAGUAUGACAAUGACUGAGCUUUCUGUGGACAUUAUUCUCUUUGUCAUUGGGGAGUUGAAUCUGGCUGGUCCUUACUCUGUAAGGAUCUCGACAAUUUUGGCCAAUUGCUGCAAGGUUGAAAACCAGUCAGGCUUAUCCCUUAUUUGUCAGUUCUACGAUAAUCAAGAUGUAUCAGUUGCAGGAAGAAACUCCACUACCAUUUUCUUGAG